GAUCAAGUAACAAGAGCCCAGGAGCAAGAGGAAAUGUACACGAUUAAACAGGAAUUAUCAAUUCUAAAUAACCGUUAUGAAAAGAUGAAAAUCGAGUUAGAAAGAUCCAUGGAAAGAGAAAACGAGUUACUUAAAUACAAGGUAAACUUGAUAAAAUCUGCAGAGCCAUGUUAAUGACAACCUCGUUUCCGUGCAAGGGCAGAAAAAAUAUGCAAACCGUUGAAGGUUGUGGUGCGCGUAAAUCAUAAAGUAACCAACUAGACCACACGCGCAAAUAAGGGGCCGAUUACAUGGGCGAGUUAUCCCGGCUAAGCGAGUUGACUCGCUUUGCCGAGUUGACCCGCUUCCUAUUAUUUUGACAUAUCGAUUACAUGCCAAACGAGUUGUCCCGCCUUGCCGGGACCGCGGCUGUAGCUUGCCGAGUCAACUCGCUUAGCCGGGACAGAAAUUGCCCACACAUCCUAUGCAAUCGCUUUUUGCCGAGUUGGCUCGGCAAAGCGGGCUGAAAACCAUACUUAUGCAUGUUUUAAUUUCGAUUAUACGUACAAAUAUAAGUUUAAAAAACUUCAAAUAACAUCAAAAUGAUAUUAAUGAACGUUUGACACAAUUUUGUUAGAAUACAAACAGUACAAGCCUGUUGGGAUCAGCGCUAACUAUAAAUUAAAUACUGUACCUCAAGCAACAACAUUCAGUGGGUAAAGUAGUUCUCAAAUACAACAAAUACACCAUUUUUAAUCGAUUUCUAACACCGAGUAUUACAUUGUUAAGCAUUACAAAGCUUAAUGAGCUACUUCAGCCCGGCUAUAGCCGAGUUAGCGCGGUGCAUGUAAUCGCAAUUCAAAAGUCAACUCGCUUAGCCGGGACAACUCAGCAAAGCGGGACAACUCGGCCCAUGUAAUCAGCCUCUAAUAUACCAACUAGACCACAAGAUAAAAUAUCAUCAUCCAAACUAGAAUAUAUUCCAACAAAUACUCAGUCAAAUUUGUUAUCUUCACCAGUACAAUAAUAAUAGCGGCCUUGGAAGGUGGAGGAGUUACACGAGCAACAAAAAUGUUAAUUGAAAAUGUUUACACAUAAAUUACAAAUCACAAGACAACAUGUGUCGACAUUUCUACUUAACAUGCGUUGAAAUCAGAUUUUGUUGCAAGUUGCAGCAAUUUUGUUGCUCAUGUAACUCUAGCUUUAAGCAUGUAGGACUGGAACGCGACGGCAAAAAACUCGUUGAACGAAAUGAUUGCAGACGAAAACUUGCCGUCUAUUACCAUCGUAUGAGAAAUAAUCAGUUUAAGGAUUGAGGUUAACACAGGAUUUGAUUGAGAAAAGUUCUAGGACCCAAUUGAAAGUAGCAGUUGUUCCAGCUUGAAAUGUAAGCGUUGUAUACAAGACGUGAUAAUCUGUAUUUUGCCGUUGUAAACAGAGCGACGGCGACGUUGAAAACGUCCGUGGGAUUUUAAUUGUUCAUUUCUGCUCAUUUUCUUGUAUAUAUUAUUAACCGUCCUCGUUGCACUUUCGUCCGACUUGUUGAGAGGGUCCUGAAGGGGUAAAAUGGGAACUGGGAUUGAUCUAUUUUUAGACUGGGAAAAUGGGAUUUGGGUUGCUGGGACUGGGAUUUGGCCACUGGGAAUGGGAAAUGAAGUCCUCAAAAAUGGGAAUGGGAUUGAGGUAAUGCGAGUCGACUACCAAUUUUUCUGCGUUUUGAGUAUUUUAAAAUACAAUUUUGAUCCGUUUUUGGUGUCUUUGGUCAUGAUUUUUGUUGUUAACUAUAUUAUUCACAGCGCUACCUGCGAACAGGCAUACUCUGGCGCCCGCGAUUCUGGGUUUUCUGAUUAUGCGUGUCUCAGAAUGCUGCAAAUGCCAUUUCCGGGAUUCAAAUUUAAAAAUUUUCCGUGCCUUCGGCACGAGCACCCCCCUAAUAUUUCAUAAAGUGUCCGCCACUUGCUUGAAAGGUCUUAAAACUGUUUAUUCUACCAAUAAAUAAAGGGUUUUUUAUUGACUGGGAUUUCAAUAACUGGGACUGGGAUUUCUAAUAAAAAUCCAACUGGGACUGGGAUUUUGCCAAAAUUUCAGGUGGAAAAUGGGAUUGGGACCCCCCUUCAGGACCCUCUGUUGAGGUUCUUAAUAACAGUAGUUCUUAACAGUAGUACUAGAUUAAGCCUUGCUUAUAGUUCGUUAUUUAAUAACGGUAACCAGAGGCCGCGGAAGCAUUUCGAAAGUGGAGGGCCAUUGGCGAAAAGGGAGACUUUUGUAUAUGACCAAAAUCAAACGAUUUUAUGUCGUUCACGAGCCGAACGAAAAGUUUUGAAAAUGUGGAGUCUCUAUUACGUCGGAAAUGGCCUUUGCAGAGUUUUUACUACUGCAAAAAGGGCACUUCCUUUCCAUCAAAAGAGAGCAUUCAUUCAAGAAAUACUUUUUCGUUCUUUGAAUGAGCCACUUUAGCCCCCAAAAGGGCCUUCUUUCACUUUUAAAAAAAGUUGGGGGGGGGUGACGAAUUUAAAUCCGCCUGUGUGGGUGUCGGCAAUAUAACUUCAUAUACAAAAAAAGUUUAAAUAUAUUCUUCUAUGAUUUGUACAGUGUAAAUCCUAUACUAUUGUUGUGAACUGUCUCUCAAACUACGAUACGUCCUUUGGCGAGUUGUUCCUUUCCGUUGUUUCUUCAGCUAGUCCUGACAAUCCCGAUUUUCAGAGCGCUCGUUGAGUUUACCAGGGUUUUGAUAACGGUCCCCGCUUUCAAUUCCACUACACCGAUCUCCAAAUAACUUUGUCUUCACACGUUUACAGCUGAGUAUGUUGCUCAAGUCACUAAAGAUUAUACCAGAGCGUUUGAUCAUUGAAGACCCACGUAGUGUAUUGCUCAAGUCACUGAAGACUAUACCAGAGCAUUUGAUCAUUGAAGAUCCACCUUUCCCAUAUAAUGUAAAGUGCGACGUUGAUAACGUAUAUUUCUUUCGUUUUACUUUAUCAAAUUAUUUUAUCAGUGUGUAGACCACUCCUUAAUCGGUUCUACUUCAACACGAGUUCGUUCGUUCUGCUUCAGUGUCUCUCUGAUUAUCGCCUUUUAUUCUCUCGCAGCUUGAUUGCGUAUUCUAUACGCAUAUGAUUUAUUCUUCUAAUGGCUUCCAGGGCUACACCUUCCCACCAAAGAUCAUAUUACGUAUGUAAUAGAUCCCAAAAUUUUAUACCUAAUUAUUUACACCCUACUUCUCUUUUUUUUAAUACAAAAAGUUAACAAGAACAAUUCGAAUGGAAACGUACCUGAGGGGGAGAUACGAAACGAAAUUUCCCUUGGAACUGAACGAUCGAGUUGCUGCACUUCGAAAUCUUAUGGCAUUCUACUAAGCGCAUCCACAUUCACAUGCUUCUCUCCACACUUAUGUUCUAAUUCGAUGUCAUAUUCCUGAAGGGUUAAAGUCCAUCGCAAUAAUUUCCUAUUCUUGUUUUUAACCUGGUUUAACCAAACUAAAGGGUUAUGAUCCGUUUGAAGGAUAAAUUUUCUUCCAAACAGAUAAUACCUAAAUGUCUCAACUGCCCAAACUAUCGCUAAGCACUCUUUCUCAGUUGUAGACAACUUCAUUUCUCUAGGCUGUAACUUCCUACUGGCAAACCCAACAGGGUGAUCCUGACCUUCGUUAUCUAACUGACAAAGUAUGGCUCCUACACCAUAAUCUGAAACAUCCACUUGUAAAAUAAACAAUUCAUCCCACCACUGCCACCAAUUGUGACGAAUUUAAAUCCGCCUGUGUGGGUGUCGGCAAUAUAACUUCAUAUACAAAAAAAAGUUUAAAUAUAUUUUUCUAUAAUUUGUACAGUGUAAAUCCUAUACUAUUGUUGUGAACUGUCUCUCAAGCUACGAUACUUGCGUCCUUUGGCGAAUUGUUCCUUCCCGUUGUUUCUUCAGCUAGUCCUGACAAUCCCGAUUUAAUGAGCGCUCGUUAAGUUUACCAGGGUUUUGAUAACGGUCCCCGCUUUCAAUUCCACUACACCGAUCUCCAAAUAACUUUGUCUUCACACGUUUACAGCUGAGUAUGUUGCUCAAGUCACUAAAGAUUAUACCAGAGCGUUUGAUCAUUGAAGACCCACGUAGUGUAUUGCUCAAGUCACUGAAGACUAUACCAGAGCAUUUGAUCAUUGAAGAUCCACCUUUCCCAUAUAAUGUAAAGUGCGACGUUGAUAACGUAUAUUUCUUUCGUUUUACUUUAUCAAGUUAUUUUAUCAGUGUGUAGACCACUCCUUAAUCGGUUCUACUUCAACACGAGUUCGUUCGUUCUGCUUCAGUGUCUCUCUGAUUAUCGCCUUUUAUUCUCUCGCAGCUUGAUUACAUAUUCUAUACGCAUAUGAUUUAUUCUUCUGAUGGCUCCCAGGGCUACAGGGGGCACAUGCCCACAUCCCCCCCCCCUUUCCCCGGCCCUUGACGGCAACUGUUGAUUUUGGGAGUUAGGUGUCAAUUGGGACAACUUCCUUUCUCCUGUCACAACUUGUCUUUGUGAGCUUAUUGUAUUGUAAAACGUAUGUGACCUGUAAAUAACAUGUAAACUGUGACAAGCGCACUAUAUUAUUAUAUUAUAACUGGACUGGUACUAAAGGAAAGAGUUUUGACGCACUUGCUUAUUAAAGGGUAACAAGGAAAACCAGAUUGGGUUACCACAAAAUUAAGGUAGCGGUAACCCAAGUUACCAUCUUUGACAAUAUAGAUUGGACAUCUAUAGUUUUUACAUGCAUUCGGUUGCAAUAUACCAUUUCUUGAAACAUUUUCCCACCCUCCCUCCCCCACCGAUUUCAAUGCUGGCUUCUCGCAACCAGACAUCAAAUUUUUGUCGGCCCAACAUUGAACUGGCGGCAGAACGGGGGACUCUACGCCUUUCAAUUUAUGUGAAAUUACAGCACUUGUCUCAUAGUUUUUGUCAAAGAUUGUAGGUUACCGCAAUAUUUUGGACAGCUUAUAUCCGCUGUAUCAAAAAUUCCUUUUACACAAAUUCUAAGCAUAGCUCCAAGGGGCCGGUCAUUAAUAUUGGAGGGGGGGGGGGGCGGUGGGUGAUAAACACCAAAUAUUUAUUAUUUUUUAGAGCCGCUCCAAUCGCAAGACCUUUAUUUUCAAGACGCCCCCACAUUCAUCUAGAAAAUUUAGGACCCCCUUCCAACAUUUAAUUCAUUACAUUUUUUGGUGUAAAAUAGGUAAUGGGAUAUAGAUUGGGACAAUAAUUAGAAGACCAGUAUUCAAAAUGGUUGUUAUUUACUCUGACUCCUAUGGUCGAACUGCAUAUACGUAAUAAACUAUAGAAACUACGAUUAUAGAAAGUAAAAAUGUGAAAUAUUUUGUGAGACACGAUAAAGGCGAGAGAUUGAAAAUGAGUAGGAAAGUAUUAAAAAAUUGGGGUCUUCCCAUACGCCCCUUGUUACAUAUUUUUCAGUUUGAGGCCGCCCCCAAUUCAGGCAGAAAUAGUUGAAGCCGCCCCCCUUUUCUCAACCACCGUCCCCCUCCCACUGUUAAUGACCGGUCCCUAAAUAACCUUCAAACACUCAUUAAUAAUUCAUAAACCUUGUGGCAAAUCAUGUCAGCCAUGUCAGUCUUUAUAUCGGAUAAAACUCAUCUUCAUUAGUAUUCUUUAUAUAAUUGUUCAUUCUAAUUAGUAUUAUUAUAGAAUUGUUCGUCCUAAUUGAUAUCCGCGUUUUAUAUCUGAUAAAACACUCCUACUCGUGUUUUAAAUAGUACAUAUAUCACGUACCUUGCAGGCUAUGAUGGAACAAGCUCAAAACCAAUCAACUAAUCACAAGAUGGUCAACCCAUUUGUGUUAGAGCCAAGCUAA